CUUCAGGGGUCCUCGGCGGAGAAGAUCAAGACCAUGGCUGCGGAAACGUCCGCUCUGCUGCGGGGCCUCUGCGUUCCAAAGCAGAGCAGCAUCGCCGAGCAGGUUUGCUUCACCAAAGAAGUCGAUGCCCUCCAGAAGGCGUGCGACGGGAUGGUCGAAGGAGCAUUCUUCGACGAAGAUGGGGCCAUCAACAUGCUGAUCGGCGUGCAUGCUCGUAUCCGUCUCCUGCUCACCUCUGACAACAAGCUGACCCCCCAGGAAUUCCUCCUCUCCUCCAUGGGUGAGAUCAAGGCCUCGGUGGAGGAGUACAUGUCUGCGGAGGACAAGAUCAUGGGUGAAGCUGAUCAGGGGAGGACCAGCCUGUACGAGAUGGUGAAGAAAUCCUCACUCGUCGAGCCCACGCCCACCGUGUGCUCGGACGAUGAGGUGAAGGCAGUGCUCUACAAGACUCUCACGCUCCUCGAAUCUUCUGACCCGGCGCACUCAACGACCGGCAUGGCCUGCCUGUUCUACAAGGUGCGUUCGAACUGCCGUGCUCUCAUGGAAGACGUCGAGAAGAACGGCGUCGACGGCAAGACCGGCUCCGCCAUCGCCAUGAUUCACAUCAGUGCGCUCUUCGUGCUGGGACAGCACAAGAAAUACUUCUCCUACGAUGAUGCAGCCGACGAUUCUCUCAUGGCCUCACUUCGAAGGCUCGAGGUUGCGCUGCGGGACUACGAGCUCGGAGGACCGUCGUCUCCACCUUCAGAGACCACAGACUAGUCCCAUCGACUCUACCUGUUACCGCCUACCGAUCCAUGUCAUCGACUAGCUUACCUAUCUAUCAUAAGUCUGCGUGUGUUGAGUGAGGCAGUCUACUCAGUCUAUGAUACUUGCAUGAGUGCAUGAGAGCGAAACUCUUUUGGUAUUAUGUUACUA